AUGCGAUGGGCUUCAAAAUGAAAUCUCAAUAAGUCUUCCUUCACCGAGGGCGAUUAAUAUCCUGUCUCCAUUGCGAAAGGAAUCUAAAUCAUAGUUCGUAAACAGACAUGAUUAUAAAGGAGUUCCGUAUACCAAUGCCUAUGACUUUAGAUGAGUAUCGUCGGGGUCAGGUAUAUUCCGUCGCAGAGACAGCGAAACGGGAGACUGGUGGAGGCGAUGGGAUAGAAAUUAUCACAAAUGAGCCAUUUGAAGAGGUCGCACUACCAUCAGGCGUAAUAUUGGGAGCUGGACAAUACACACUCAAAAAAUAUCAUAUUAACAAGUACGACUCCUUCAGUACGGCUUCAACUACAUGCAAAUGUGCUUAAGCCAUGUCAUUUUAUUUA